AUGAUAAACUCCUUUCGUUAUAAAUCUAGAACCAAAUGGAAACGACAGACUGCAGUUGGGUUUGAGCUGCUUGCUGAGGCUGGGAACUUCCUGGCUGUUCAACAGAUACUACAGACCAACCCAUAUUGGGCCUAUCAUCCGGCCGCUCAGUCUAUUCUAUCUAGCAUGAAUACAAUUUCAGCUCGGCAACACAAUACGCCUUCUCUCAGCCCGUUAGUGCUAGAACACGGCCAACCGCAGCAAGUCCAACAGCAGCAUCUGCAACAAAAGCAAGGGGCAUUUUCCCACACGAUACCUCCUUCCGCGGUAGCUUAUAUCCACACACCCCAUUCGCUUUCUUUACAGCCAACAAAUGCAGGAGCAAUGAUGACAUCGACAAACGAGGAUAAAGGUGCGACGCCACCAUCAGAAACGGCAAUGCUUCAUCUGCCAUUUAAUGGUAGAUUUGAUACGAUAAAUGAAGGAGAGACUAAAAUGCAGUCUGAAAGUAAAACCCACACCUAUUCUCCUAUCUGGACGGAUACCAAAACAGAUGACCUUGCUCCGGGAUGUUCCAAUCGCUCUGAGCCUCUUCUAAAUUCAGGGGACAGUCAUGGUGUCAAACAUUUGAACUCUGUUCCAAGUUGGUCAAUGCCUGAAACUCUUUUAGCAAGCAUGAUGUUUUGCUCACCAGCAACUAUAGCUUCCCAACAAGAAUUAUAUUCAGCCGGAUCAGAAGACAAUUGUUCCCUUUCCCUUACUCAGUUACACGAGCUGAUGGCACUGGAGACGCGAGGUUUGACCCUAGACCAAAGUUCUAAGUUGAGUUCUACUUCAUCAAGGUCAGUAGAGCCGGUUUCUACUGCUAUGAAGAUGAUUAUGUCGACACCAAGAGUGGAAAUAUCCUCUUCUAAGAGUGGUCAAGCAUUGCUAAAUCAUUUGCCAAAGCGCAGCAAUGAAUGUUCUAAUCCAAAUCAGUGUGAAGUGGCAACAGUGACGACAAUAACAGAUCCGGGACAACUUCUCUGCUUACUAAUGUCAAAGUAA